AUGAACACUCCGAUAUGGGUUUUGGUUGCUACGCUUUUUGCCGGAUGCAUUAUGGCGCGCGACUUUCCCAUCGUGGUUGGUAAACUGUCUUUAUUGAUCCAGUUAGAAAGAUUGUUCCAGGUACUACCCACGACGAUUCACGGAUUUUACAAGGCAGGUUACUGUAGUGAAAAUGACCCGGGCUUGAAGGAUGAAAAUGCCAUCGCGGAGAGGCCGAACGGCACUGAACUGAACAACUUCAACCUCAGACUACAAAAAAUAUUCAACGAUGAUAUAGCAAACUUGAUGGAUUUACCAGAUAGCUUGGUAUUCAGCUGUGAGUUGGCAAAUGCGAUUGCGGAUGAAAACAUCAAACCAAGCCUUAAAAGACGUCUUUACUUCACCACCUAUACACGAUACGGGAACGUCUCCUCGGUUCAGGACUUGAUUACAAUAACGUUCACAGGUGAGACUGCGGAAACACUGGAUGCGAAGCUCCGACCUAAAUGGUACAAAAUAUUCCAAAGUAAGAAGCCCAAAACAUACGCGUUCGGAUGCAACUACUUCAUUGUCAAAAAUUAUGGAGAAACUACUUGUGCUUUUCAAAAGAAAAACCUGGCUAAAAUAUGA